GCGCACAAAAUUCGCACGCAGGUCGGCCCGGAUGCUACAGGGAACACAUCAGACUUGCAUUCUCCAGAUGCAGGGACUCUCCGGGUCAGUACUCCGAAAAUCCUCAAGGUUUGUUGCCAGGGCGACAUGUAUUCGCUUCGAGAUGAGAAAAGAAGAGAAUCUGGCAGAUCGGGGCAAGAGGUUGGAGGGAAUGACGCUGAAGGGAUGGGUGAUGUACGCGAAAGCUCUGGCGGGGAGCCGACUUCUUCGGAGAAAAAGCGCAAGCGACAUAGGAUGGUGCGAGAGGAGGUGGCAGAGGAAACCCGCCGCAUGGAGAGGAUGAAAAGACAUUCGGAGCCGAUGAUGGACGGGGAUGGAGGUGACGUCGGAGAACGUGCCUUGGGAAAGAGGGUGCCUGGGAUGCAUGGCGGACAAGAACAUGGAGUCGAAAAAAGGCUGUCAAAGGAAGAGGGUGCGACGACAAGUAAGAAAGCGAGGAGGCCGGACGGUUUGACCAUCCGCGAAGGACAAGCUAUGGGUGGAGGAGAUUCGGCUCAUCCAGGCGCUGCCGCCGUGAGAGAGCCUUCGAAGAAAUCCAAAAGGAAACUGGCAGCCGAAGAAGGCGAUGGCCAGACGAAACCUCGGAGGAGGAAGACUACUGAGGUGGCAAGCGGUGGCGAACGGGUUGUCCGUAGGCAGUUCGACGAAGCGGCGGCGUUCUGGCUCGAAUACGAGCGGAACGAUGACGGUGAGAUCGUGGAGAAGAAGCUCCCUGUGCAACUGGUCAUCAACCCCAGGAAGGUCUGUGACAUCCCGACUUGGGAAAGAUAUUACAACCACCGCAGUCUCAGUCACGAUAGUGUGGAGGACAUCAAGGAAGCGAUGCUAAGGCAGUUCCGCGAGGAGAAGGGGAAGAUCUGGACGAAGAACCCUUUGGUUCUGGCACCCAUCUACAAGCCGGUGACGCGUAGGCCGGAGAAAGAUGAGAGGGUUCACAAAGAUGUCUUUAAGCCAGAGGACAAGGACAAGUACUUUUAUUACCCUGUCCACGGACAACACACCAUGGCUGCUGUGAAGGAGUUGGAGGUCUGGUUCUCCGAAGAGGAAUUCGCGGGGUAUUUGCAAGUCAGUCGCAAGGAGAACACGAGACACAAGAUGUCUAAGCAGCGUGCGCAGAAGGCCGCGUUCCAGGACAUGCGGGAGGCAUGGGAGAACAAUGGAAGGCCGGUGGCCAUUCACUGGAACCUUUCCGGCAAGGAGGCCGAAAAACAAACGUAUUUCGAAUUCCAAAAGCUGCUUUUGGGAAAGAGUCCGAACGACGCUCACUUUACGAUGGCAAGCAAAGCGUCAACGCUCGCCGACAAGGAGCAAGUCGCUGCCAUUGGCAACGCCUGCUGUCUCGCCGACAUGACCGAUGUCGAGAAACUGUCGAUCCUCGACGACAUUCUCGCACUAAGGGGGGUGUUCAUGCAAUCGGCGAGCGGGCAUCUGAAACGUCAACAUAAGCCUGGAAUGAAAGACAUGGUCGCGACGAGGAAAGUGGACCGCAUGAUGGUCCGCAUGUUCCACUACAUCCUGUUCCUUGAAACGGAGGAGGACGAAGGGGUUUGGCGCUACGGGAGCCCUUUUUCUCGGACCGAGGGGCAGCUUCUGGCAGAGUUCGGGGCGCAGGGCCUCACGAAACAGGUGUGGGUCGAACUGCGAAAGCAUUUCCAGGGCGCGGUGGAGUACGUGAACACUUGCAAACGUACUCUUCCGCACGAGAAGGAGUCCCUUGACGACACAAAGAGAAUGUACGAGGUUGACAGGUUCCCAAAAUCUUUCGAAAAGUCCGUUCGUUCUAUCUUACGAUGGACGGAAGAAGAAGUUCGAGACACGAUUAGGGUCAGCGGGGAUGUGAAGCACAUCAAAUGGGACAAGGCGAACCGGGUGACCAGCCUUGUUCCUUUGUGUUGCAUGCCGGUCCAAGCUCACAGUCGUCUCGCUGAGAUCCGCGAGAUUGUGCGACAUUACGUGUGCAACCUGUACGUCCUCGAUUUGUGUGAUCCCACACUCCUCACAGACUGGCGAGAAGACGAUUUCGUCAACUUGCAAGGCGUUCUCCAAACAUUAUCGCCAACGUACUGGGCACUUGUGGUCUUUUUCCCCUCUCGUUGGGAUCUCAGUUUCUUAAAGGGAAUGGACAGGCUUAGUGUCCAUCACGUCGGAACAGGGAAGUGGGUGCGCCAUGCACAAAGGCAGGCCACUGUCCGGGAAGGCAAUAUGUUGGUUGAGGAGUGUGAUUGCCUGUACGUGAUUUUCAAUGGCGAGAACCUGGCAGACAACACAGUCGCAAUCUUCCCGGCCAGUAGCCCGACAAAGGUUCCCCGUGCUCAUGGUCCAAGUCCGGGCAAACACGCGAUGGCGGCACGCUCGAAAGUUGUCUGUUCGUCGGACCCAUCAGGACAGGCUGUGGCGUGUUUCGAUGUGGCGGGCGACGACAGGUUCCCUCGUAGCCUGUGGAAGGAUGGCUGCGUGACAAGUGUUCGUGGACCUGCUUACGGGGACAGGGAGCGGAACCCGUCCCACCUACUUGGUCUACUCGAAAACUUUUGCAGAGUUGGGCAAACUGUUUUUUUCUUUGGGAAUGCGCAUCCGUCUGUCGUGUGGGAGCUCUUGCGCAACGAUCGGAACGUUGUCACGUUGGAGGACAAGGCGAACAUGAUCGAUUACCCUAACGAGUUCGUGAAGACACGCGUGGCAAACACUCGCAAUUAUUGCUCUUUUGUCCUGACCACCGGCGAACGGAACUGGGAUCCUAAACAUGACAUGUUGGAGCACGUUUACUUCUUGAUGGCCGAACCGCUCACCCUCGAAAACUACAAGGCGCAAUUUGACGAGGACGACCCUUUCGACGCUGAAGACAUGGAGGAGUUGAGCGACUCCGAAACCUUCGAUUUUGAGUCCAUGCCACUUUCUCGGGUGAUUGGACAGGUUGGUGAUGAAGGGGAAGGAGCCUGUCGGACGUCAAUGCGAACGACACCAUCUCGUGGUAUUGACAGGCGCCUACCGCAACCUCCGUCGGGCGGUCAACAUCCGGGAAGCGGUGGAGGAGGAGACGAAGGAGACGGCGGAGGUGACAGAGGAGACGGCUCACGAUUUCCCGGAAAGGGGACGGGCAAAACAUCGUCGGGAGAAAAGGCAUUCGGCAGAAAGGGGUCAGUCGGAAAGGGGCUUGGCGGAAAGGGGUCGGCUGAAAAGGGGUCGAGCGGAAAGGGAUCGGGCGGGAAGGGGUCGGGCGGGAAGGGGUCAGGCGGAAAGCGUAGAACGUCCGGGAGUCUCCAGUAUAGGGAAACUGGCAGCCACUGCAUAGGGAGUCGAGAUUUCGACAUGCGAGACAUGGCCACCCUAAGGUCUGAUCAAACUCGAGACUGGCGGUCUCGCGACGUGCUGGAGGGGCCUGCUGCAAGAGUGUUGGAGACCGGGGGUGGCGAGUACGAACGUCAUGCUUCGGAGGGUGUGCCAGUCGACGUUGAUAGCAAGAGUACAGCAGCUCCUGGGGAAGAGGAGCGCUCUCCAGGAGCGCAUGCUGUACAGCGGGAAGAGGAGACUCAACACUCGCAGUCUCGCAAAGUGUUGGAGACCGGGGGUACCGAGUAUGAAAGUCAUGCUUCGGAGGGUGCACCCGUGGACACUGACAGAAAGAAUACAGCAGCUCUGGGGGAAACGCAUGCUCUGCAGCGGGAAGAGGAGACUCAACACUGGCCGGCUCGUGAAGUCGUGAAGGGGCUCGACGUAGGAGAGCUAGUGAUCGGGACGUCCGAAGGGGUUCUGCACAGUCGUUCGGCUGUGGACGACGCGAGAGGGUGUAGCGGAGAACCCGUGGUGGAAGACGGUGAGGUAACGGUCGACAUCCAGCUGGAUCCACAGCGGAAAGAUGAUGAUUCUUCGCCCACCCGUUGCGGUGAAGAACAGGGUGAUCGAACAUCUGUCCUCAGUACCGGUCGGGAAAUGGUACUUCAUGAAGCCAUCGAGUUGGGUAACGACUCGGCUGCCACCGAACUGGUUAGCGACUCAGGCGUGGCCGAGAUGCAGAACGUCGAAUCCUCUGUGGAAGGCGGUGAGGUGGCCGUUGGCAUCAAGAUGGAUCCAGAGCGGAAAGAUCAUGAUUCGCCAUCCACCCGUUGCGGUGCAGAAGAGGGUGAUCGAGCGUCUGUCCUCAGUGUCGGUCGGAAAACGGUGCUUCAUGAAGCCAUCGACUUGCCUAGCGACUCAGCUGCCAUCGAGCUGGUUAGCGACACAGCCGUGGCCGAGGUGCAGAACGUCGAAUCCUCCGUGAACGUUGGCGCAGUGGUGCGACAGGAGCGCGAUUUCCCUCAAAGGGCUCCCGAGCACGGUAAAAUUUGUGAAUAGGAGCACUCGCAUAUCUGUCACUAGCCAACUCAGUGUUCGUUCAAAUUGAUGUGAUGGGCUCAUGACCUA